AUGGUGGUGGGGUGCGAUGAGCGGGUGCACUGCGCGGUGAGCCGACAGGUGGUGGAUAAGAUGCGAGAGGGCGAGGAUGGCAGGUCUCUGCUUGCCAUGGCCCGUGAGCUGCGCGUGACCUUGGACUAUUUGACAUGUUUUGAGUCGACUCAAAACGUGGCCGUGGACUAUUUGACAUCUCCACCAGUGGACGUGGUGAGGGAUAUGCUUUUUGAGGUGCCUCAAGCGAGGAGAGGAGGCACGGGGAGGAGAAGAGGGGGGAAUGGGGAGAGAGGAGGGAAGGGGGAGAGAGGAGGGAAGGGGGAUGAGGGAAGAGGGAGAGAGUGUGGUGCAAGGAGGGGAGGAGGUGGAGAGGUAGGUAGUGGAAGGUGGGAGGGGGCGGGUGGAGAGGGGAGGGCGGGAUGGCAAGAGGAGGGCGGAAUGGGGGAGAUGGGUGUUGGUGGUGGUGAUUGGGAUGGUGCAGUUGGGGGGGUUGACAUGGGUGGGGGGAGCGGAGUGGGUGGUGGUAGUGGGAUUGGGGCAGGAGAUGGGUCAGGGGGAGGGGCGUUGUGGGAGGAUGGGAUGAUGGGCGACGUGCAUGGGCGGGGUACGCAGGGAGAGAAGGGAGAGAAGAGAAAUGAGAGAGCAGAGGGAUUGGAGAAUGAGGAGUUAGGCGGAGCAGAGGGCGACGAGGAAGCUUUUCCUGAUGAGGACGAGGAGGAGGAGGACGAGAAAGAGGAGGAAGAGGAGGAGGAGGACGAGAAAGAGGAGGAAGAGGAGGAGGAGGACGAGAAAGAGGAGGAAGAGGAGGAGGAAGAGAAGGAAGGUGGCUUGGCUCGUAAAGUACUGAACGUAGUCCGGAUUGGGCAGAGGAAGAAACUGAAGAAGAGAAGGAAGGUGAGAAGUAAGGAGGAGGGGAAAGAGAAGGAGGAGGAGGAAGAGGAGGAGGAGGAGGAGGAGGAGGAGGAGGAGGAGGAGGAGGAGGAGGAGGAGGAGGAGAAGAGGAAGAAGAAGGGGAGGACGACCAAGAGAAAGAGGAAGAGGAAGAGUGAAGAGGAGGAAAAUGUGCAGGGUAAGAAACAGAAGUAUAGAAAGAAGGUGCGGAGUAAGGAGGAGGAGGAGGAGGAGGAGGAGAAGGAGGAGGAGGAGGAGGAGGAGGAGGAGGAGGAGGAGGAGGAGGAGGAGGAGGAGGAGGAGGAGGAGGAGGGAGGCGGAGGAGGAGGAGGGAGCGGAGGAGGAGGAGGAGGAGAGGAAGAAGAAGGGAGACGACCAAGAGAAAGAGGAAGAGGAAGAGGAAGAGCAGAGAAAGAAGGUGCGGAGAAAGGAGACGAGGAAGAGGAGGAGGAGGAGGAGGAGGAGGAGGAGGAGGAGGAGGGAGAGGAGGAGGAGGAGGAGGAGGAGGAGGAGGAGGAGGAGGAGGAGGAGGAGGAAGAGGAGGAAGAGAAAGAAGAAGGGGAGGACGACCAAGAGAAAGAGGAAGAGGAAGAGGUGGUUAAGUCACGUUCAAAGAGUAAAAAGGGUCGCAAGAAACAAGGAGGAAGCAGUGAAGAGGAGGAAAAUGUGCAGGGUAAGAAACAGAAGCAUAGAAAGAAGGUGCGGAGUAAGGAGGAGGAGGAGGAGGAGGAGGAGAAGGAGGAGGAGGAGGAGGAGGAGGAGGAGGAGGAGGAGGAGGAGGAGGAGGAGGAGGAGGAGGAGGAGGAGGCGGAGGAGGAGGAGGAGGAGGAAGGGGAGGAUCGAAUGAGAAGAGGCAGAGGCAGAGAGGAGGAAAAUGUGCAGGGUAAGAAACAGAAGCAUAGCAAGAAGGUACGGAGAAAGGAGGAGGGGGGGGGGGAGGAGGCGGAGGAGGAGGAGGGAGGAGGAGGAGAGGAGGAGGAGGAGGAGGAGGAGGAGGAGGAGGAGGAGGAGGACGAGGAGGAGGAGGAGGGAGGAGAGGAGGAGGAGAAAGAAAAGAAAGAAGGGGAGGAGAGAAGCAGGAAGAGGAAGAAACUGGAAAUCAGAAGCUCAGGAAUGAUGAGGUGUGGCGAAGUGGCAAGGGGUGGGGGAGCCGCGGCAGCCGUUUCGCCGUUGGCGAAGUACAAGCUAGUGUUUCUUGGAGAUCAGUCCGUUGGGAAAACAAGCAUCAUUACACGUUUUAUGUACGACAAGUUCGAUAACACGUAUCAGGCCACUAUUGGAAUCGACUUCUUGUCCAAGACGAUGUACCUUGAAGACCGGACGGUGCGGUUGCAGCUAUGGGAUACCGCAGGGCAAGAGAGGUUUCGCAGUCUAAUUCCCAGCUACAUUCGCGAUUCUUCUGUCGCGGUUGUCGUCUAUGAUGUGACAAAUCGCGCUUCAUUCCUGAACACAGCUCGGUGGGUGGAAGAGGUUCGCACAGAGCGGGGUAGUGACGUCAUUAUCAUGCUGGUCGGGAAUAAGACAGAUCUUGUUGAUAAGAGACAAGUGUCUAUUGAGGAGGGAGAAGCCAAGGCGCGUGAUUUGAAUGUCAUGUUCAUUGAGACCAGUGCAAAGGCCGGCUUUAACAUCAAGGCCCUGUUUCGUAAGAUAGCAGCAGCUUUGCCAGGCAUGGAGGCACUGUCAGCCACAAAGCAGCAAGAGGACUUGGUGGAUGUCAAGCUCACUUCAGCCUCGAGUCAGAGCGCAGCAGACAAGCAGGAAGCAGCGGUGUACGACCGGCAGAUCCGGAUGUGGGGUGUGGAGGCCCAGCAGAGGAUCGGCUCUGCUCGGCUGCUGGUGAUCGGCAUGUCUGCAGUGAUGGCGGAGACAUGCAAGAACCUGGUUCUGGCCGGCGUGGGCUCACUCACUCUCCUGGACCCUGGUCUGCCCCCCACGCAAGCUGAAAUGGACGGUAACUUCCUCCUCCGCUUCGCCUCAGCUGCUCCGCAGCAGCAGCAGCCGCAGCAGCAGCUGUGGCAGCAGGAGGAGAAGCAUCAGCGGCAGGAUCAGGGGCAACAGCAGCGGGAGGAGGAGAAGGAGGCGAUGGGGAGGGGAGAGAGAGGGAUGGCAUUUCCUGGCAGUUUGGAGGCCAUGGCAGCAUCCUCCCUGCCAUCGCUAGGGCUACCCAUGGACGACAUAGACGCGGUCCUCCUCACAUCCUGCGACCAGCACAUGCAGGAGCGCAUCGAUGUGGCGUGCAGAGCGAGGCAGCCGGCGCCAGCAGCCCUGUUCUACAUGGCAGUGCGGGGCCCGUGCGGCCGGAUCAUUGCCGACCUCUGCGAACACGACUGCAUGUACCAGAAGCAGGACGAGCACGUUGCACUGCACAUCUCAUACCCAUCACUCAAGGAGGUGGUGUCAACUCCAUGGUCCAAGCUACCCAAGCACACCCCACCAUCUCACUUUGCGUUUCAAGCCAUGGAGGACUAUGACGCGCGGGAGAAGCGGGCAGCGGGGCAGGCAUACGACGAGGCGAGUGUGGAGGGGGUGCUGGCGCUUGCACACGACAAGGGCCAAGGCUCGCCCGCGUGCCAUCGCCUGCAGGAGCCCCAUGUGAAGCGUCUGAUCCGCCUCAUGGCUGCUGCGGGGCCCUCGGAGGUCCCUGCUGUCGCAGCCAUUGUGGGGGGAAUCGCUGCUCAGGAGGUGGUGAGGGCUAUUUCGCGGAAAGGGCAGCCCAUGAACAACCUCUUCCACUUUGACUCGCUUUCUCUCAAUGGAGUCCUCUCCCAAGUGCCUCCUCUCACUGUUUUGCCUGCUGCUGAUGCCGCUGCUCCGCCUGCUGCUGCAUCCACUGCCAAUGCUGUGGAUGAAAUCAUUCCUGCCCUGAAAUCCUCCAAAUUUCACCCACUUCCUAUCCCCUCCACUCUUUCCACUAUGCUCCUCCUCUUUUCCAUCCUUCUCCUCGCCGAACCAUUGCGGUAUACUGCCGCGCAGAAGUACCCGCCGAUCGUCAAGUCCCAGCUAGCCGUCAUGUUGUCCGUCAAGUCCGCGCUGGGCGGCAGCUUCGACGGCGCCAACACUUGGAAGGCGGAAACGCCCUGCAACAUGUGGUACGGCGUCACGUGCUCUCCACGUGGCGAGGUGCUGCAAAUCAUGCUCAUGUCCGCCAACCUUCGCGGAACCAUCCCAAAACAACUCGCCAACCUCACCACCCUAAACUACCUCGACCUUUCCAAAAACGCGCUCUGGGGACCCAUACCGCCGCAACUCGCGCUCCUACCGAACCUACUAACCCUCCAACUAGGAAACAACCAGCUAACCGGGUCAAUUUCGCAGGCAUUCGCGCGCCUCCGCGCCCUCCAGUAUCUCGACCUGGGGCGGAACCGGCUCAGCGGAAAGAUCCCCGCAGCACUGGGCAAGCUCGGCGCGCUGCAGCUGCUCCUACUCGACGGGAAUUUACUCGAGGGGUCUCUUCCCGGGAGCCUGGCGAAUUUGAAUCAGCUGAAGCGGUUUAGUGUCGCGGGGAACCGGCUCAGCGGGUUGAUUCCGACGUCCUUUCGCAACGGCAUGCGAAGCAUUCGCCAGUUUUCGCUCGCGAAUAACCUCUUCACGGGCACCACUGCCGGGCUGCCCGCGAUGCCGCUCGACGCUGAAUACGGGUCGCUGGAUCUCAGGAAUAAUUUCUUUUACGGUCUGCCACGGUUCAAGCUGACUGCAAGCACGAACACCACCAGCGGUGGCGGCGGCGGCGGAAGCAUGGCAGCCUGUCCUUCCGCCUCCGCGGACGUGCGCAAGCGCGCGAUGUACGGGGGCAAUUGCUUCUCGGGCUCCGCGGGCUGCAAGGGGGGCGCGGUGCAGCGCACCGCGGACACGUGCGCAGGGUUCUGCCGCACUGAGCGCAGCCUGCGCGCGGGGAAGACGCAGUGCGGGGAGCGGGCCUCUGCGUCUGGUCCUCCGGGCCCCCCAACGCGCAGGCCGUGA